CUAGAUUUCGUUAGGCAGUGGCACUGAUUUGUUUACACCUGGCUCCACCCUAAAGACGUGACUAAGUUUUAAGUUAAAGUUUAUACUUACAAAUAACUUUACUCAAGAUUAUUCAGUGCGAAUAACAGUGCAUUUUGCAAUAAAAAAUAGUGCAAUAGUAUGUUAUAAUAUCUAGAUUCAAAAAGUUUUUACAUAAAUAUAUUAUCGGCUAUGUAAGAAGAAUCGUAAAAGUUGUUUCCUAUUCUGCUUCAGAUUCUUAGUUUAUAUUGUGACUGAAUCAACACAGAAACAAUGAAGAACAGAAGCUUAGCUGGCAAUUGUGGCAUUGCCGUUUUUGUCAUCGCCCUUGUGACGGUGGCAUUGGCAUUCGGCACGCCCAACUGGCUCGUUAGCGACGAGAGAAUACGCGGGGCUAAAAUGGAACGGUUAGGACUCUGGAGCCACUGCUUUCGAUCAUUACCCGACCCAUUGGAUCAGUAUCAACGAAGAUUCUUUGUGGGUUGUCGCUGGGUGUAUGAUCCCUUCACUACAGGAUACGAUAGAAUACGUGGUUACUUGCUUCCAGGAUUCAUGAUAGCAACUCAGUUCUUUUUCACCAUAUGUUUGAUGGGCGUGCUUAUUUCUAUGAUAAUGGUGAUCAUUUUCUUCACGUGUUGUGGGCCCGAUCAAAAAAGAUUCGUUAUACUUAUCAAAAGUUUAGGAUAUAUAAUGCUGACUGCAGGUCUAAGUGGAUCUAUAGCUGUUAUUGUCUUUGCUUGUACAGGGAAUACAGAUGGUUGGAUGCCAGAUCAUGCUAAUAACUAUCUAGGUUGGUCAUUUGGUUUGGGUGUAGUGGGAGCAAUUGCUUGCCUGAUAACGGCAGCACUUUUCCUCACAGAAUCAAAUAUUCAAGCUAAAAAGCGCAGGAGACUGAAGGAGUCGCAAGCCCGCUUUGAAUUAGAGGAGGAAACUAAAGCGUAACAUAGUAUCACAACUAAGUACCGUCCUUUUAUGGUGCCUUAAGAAUAUGUAUUACUGUUGGUAUUUUUAACUUUUAAGAUUAUGUGACAUCACAUUGCGUCCAUUUUUUACAUUUAUAUAAUUUUAAUUGGAAACUACUUUUUUUCGUUAUUUCACAAAUAGGUUUACUUAUUUUAUUCUAUUUUUUUUAUUAUUCAUAAAAAUCCACCGAUAACAUUACGUGCCUUUACAUUUUUUAUAUUUAUUUUGUGUUUUUACUUUAUAGUAAGUACAUUUUGGUACAAUUUAUACAUUUUUUAUAGUAUAAAAUCCGAAUCUCUUAAACUUACAAUUAUUAAUAUCAUAAUAUAUAUUAGAUUUUUCAUAUUAACGACUUAUAAAAGGAUCUGACUAACACACAAUUUAAAAUGACGCACCUCAAUGAAAACUGUUAUAUUUUGUAGUGCGUAACUAUUGUUAAGAUUUAUUGCAAAGAUAUUAAAUGUACUUGUUAAGAUAUAAAAGACAGUGCCUGAUAGCACAAUAUGAUAGUGUGCGCUUUAAUAUAAAUAAGACUUAUAAGACUCUUGUUUCCAUGUUUGUAAUUCCGUCCAAACCAAUUUUUUGGAUUUUUUUAUUUUUUCGAACAAUGCGUGUUCUUAUUUUAAGUUUUGAGGUGAUAUAUGUGCCGUCCAUUUACUAUAAGAUAUUUUGCACAUCCUGAUAAAACAAUAAUAGUAUUUUAAUUUUUAAUUAAUAAUAGUAAAAUUAACAGUGUCUAGUGCCACUAACUACAGAACUUCUGUUAGACUUUGUGUCUAUGGUCUGAAUUUGGGUUUGCCAUUGGAUCGUUAAAAAAAUAAUAUAACGACUGGAUAUUAUAUGCUCUUUUAGAGUUGCAGCUAAAACUAACUUGUGAAUAAUGUAUUUAUGCAUUACAUAAUAUCUAACUGUACAACAACUGUAUAUUGUAAGAAAAGUUUAUAAAGAAAAUGCAUAUUUAACUGUCUUGUUCUUGCAAAAAAAAAAAAAAAACUCAUUCCUGAAAAAUAUAAUCACUGCCACUAAAUGGUGUUUGAAACCUCAUUCAAGUUUAACCAGGGAUAAUAUCCAGUUUAUUUAACUAUAAUAUACUAAUACAUAAAUGCAUUAAUUACUAGAAUUUACAAUCAUUGUAAUUUAUUUAUACAAAUGUGCAGCUAGAUAUAUUUUAAGUUCAAAUAAAUUUUUUCUAUCUUUAA